AGAGACAACACGCUGAGAGAGCAGAGGAGACCCUCCAGGCAAGGGCAGACUCCUUUCGGGGGCAGGCUGGGGCCCCGCUGCCUGCUGGGUCAGGCUGGAGAAUCUGGUCACGGUUUCGCACCCCAAACUCACUCCCUGUGUUUGUUUAUGGGUUCCUCCCUGUCUUGCUCAAAUGCUCCAACUCUGCAGAUCCCGGGAUCUCAGGGUGCAGAUCACCUCUCCCAGAUUCCUGAGCCUGGGUCUGGCCAUGGGCACCUCCAGCAUCUUCCUCUGCAUCCUGUUCCUCUGUGGGACACUGGGUCUCACCAUGGCCCCUGCCCAGGGAAGGCUCCGCUGUUACACCUGCGGCUUCGCCAAACCCUGCUACCCUGUUCCCACCGAGUGUCAAGACGAUGACGCUUGCGGCAUCAGUAUCGGCACUUCAGACCAGAGUGAGAUCAUCCAGCUGAAAGGCUGCCUCCCAAAGGCCCAGUGCCCUCUGCUGGGCCAUGCCACUUACUGGUUGCACUCCUACACCCUGAGGCACCACUGCUGCGAGCAGGACCUGUGUAACGGGGCCGCUUCCCCACGGCAGCUCCCCAGCCUCCUCACCUCCCUGCCCCUCCUCGUGGCCAGCUUCACCGGGAGAGGACCCCUCCUCCACUAG